GAUGACAGUCGGGAACGAUAUUACUCUGCGAAAGGUGGUUCCCAUCCUGGGCGUGCCCGAUGCGCUGGUUCCAUUGCCCCUGCCGACUUCUGAGCUAUCAUUGCUUCCAGGGGAAACCCUGGCUCUGUGGCUUUCCAUCGAUGUGCCUCGGUCCCAACCGCCUGGUCAUUAUGAGUGCGAAGUAUACAUAUGGGCAGUGCACCGCGAUACCGAGUCGGCUCCAAUGGAUGUGAACGGGGGAGAAGUCAGGACAACAAAUGCUUGGAAGAAGAGAGUACAGUCAUGUCUUGAGAGAGUCGACAAAGCGGACAGAACCUCGUUACCAGAUCUGAUUGCAACUGUUGAGGAAAUGAGGGGAGCAUUUUCCGAGCUAAUGUCUCCAGAGAUUUCUGAAACAAAUUCUAAGGAACACAUUCUGGCGCCUGUGGAAGAUAUGUUUGGCCAGACUUUGUCAGAAGCCAUGUGCCUGAAGAUCGGUCUAAACGUUUGGGACUGGACGCUUCCCCUGACUCCAUCUCUUCCUGCUGUGAUUGGCGUAUCAGAAACCGUGAUUGAGGAUAGGUUUGGCCUUGAGCAUGGCAGUGACGACUGGUUCAAAGCACUUGACAUGCAUUUUCAAUGGCUUCUCCAAUACAAGAUUAGUCCCUACUUCUGUCGCUGGGGGGAUGGAAUGAGUGUGAUCACUUACACUUGCCCAUGGCGUGCUAGCAAUCCGAAAUCUGAGGAGUAUUAUGGAGAUCCUCGACUGGGAGCGUACGCCCUUCCUUUUCAACCUAUUGGGACAAGUGGUGAAGAAGAGGCGGAGGAGGUUUUGAAGAAGGAACUGGAGAUUUUGAAGGAAAAACCGCAUUGGAAGAAGGCCUAUUUCUAUCUUUGGGACGAGCCACUGAGCACUGAGCACUAUCAGAGAAUCCGAGAGAUGGCGACCAAGAUAAAGGCCAUAGCUGCUGAUGCACGCAUCUUGACAACAUACUAUUGUGUGAGUGGGCACUUGGAGGACGCGAAGAACUGGCAGAAAGAGUUAUGGGCGAGCUUCACCGCGACGAGGAUGAGGAGUGGUGGACUGAUGUGGCGCGCAUGGAAGGAAGGUGGCACAGGGUUCUUGUACUGGGGAGCAAAUUGUUACGAGAGAGCGUUCACACCUGCGGCAGAGAUCCGAUUUCGUCCAGGGCUUCCUCCGGGGGACGGAGUGCUCUUUUACCCUGGGGAAGUUUUCAAUCCGGACUCCACCACUCCUGUGGCAUCAGUCCGGUUGGAGCGCAUUCUAAGCAGCCUCCAGGACUAUGAGUACCUUGAGCUUUACUCAGCAAGGCAUGGGCGAGCCAGCGCAUUGGAUUUGAUCGAGAAGACAGGGUUGUAUUCGGGGCCGGAACGGUACACAUUGGAGCAUGCACCGGUGGAAAUGAUGCGGACAGAGGUGGCUCGAUCCCUCACCGAGCUUCAGCAGUAGUAGCGGUCUUUUUUUACCCAUCUUCAGCCCUCCUUUUUUUUUACCCUUGUCUGCGCGCUCUGCUUCAUCCGCCAAGAGAGGUUGCCAAAUUUUGUCUGAUAGUCUCAUCAUCUCAUGUGUGUGGAAUCGAUUUUUGUCGCAUGCGGAAGGUGUGGUAUAUAUUUUGAUCCAAAUGCCGCCCCGACCCCUCCUCUUGAACGCAGUUUUUGAUCAGAGCCCUUAUCUAGGCGUCCCGUUGACAUGAGCUGCCAAAAAUUGUGUCCCCCUCCUGCAUGCACAGAGAGCCUUGGAUCGGAUGGACCAGAGAGGCCAUGUAUGUGGUCGAAGGACACUCGCAAACUCAUAAUGCAUGCACAACAAAGAGUGGGGGCAUAUACUCACACUAACACUUUUCGAAAUGCAUCUGACUGCAAUUUCGUCUACGGCUGAACGCAUCUGACUGCAAUUUCGUCUACGGCUGAACGCAUCUGACUGCAAUCACGUCCGGAGGUAGUGUGAGUAUGCAUGCCCUCAGAUGCACCAGGGAGGCAGUGUGCGAUUUAAGGAACUCAGUAUCACUCUAUCGCUGACGGCAAUUUCGUCUACGGCUGAACGCAUCUGGCUGCAAUCACGUUCGGAGGUAGUGUGAGUAUGCAUGCCCUCAGAUGCACCAGGGAGGCAGUGUGCGAUUUAAGGAACUCAGUGUCACUCUGUCGCUGACGAAUUCUGAUGCUGCACAGCACAAACCGGGUAGCAUGAAUUUGAGUCACGACUUUGGGUUUGGGCAGGUGCUCAGAUCCAGGUGGAAGUCGAACCUGAGUGUGGACUAAAUGUGGACCAGAAGAGGUUGGUCGAAGCAAAGCAAAUGCAUGUGGACUAAAUGUGGACCAGAAGAGGUUGGUCAAAGCGAGAAUGCAUGUGGGCUAAAUGUGGACCACAAGAGGUUGGUCGAAGCAAGGCAAAUGCAUGUGGAGUAAAUUUGGACCAGAAGAGGUUGGUUCGAAGCAAAUGCAUGUGGACUAAAUUUGGACCAGAGGAGGUUGGUUCAAACUUCAAACGAAUCCAUGUGGACUAAAUGUGGGCCAGAAGAGAAAUGAGGAAGGCAAAGGUAAAUCGUCCAAGCCGAUGCAUCCGGAGGACAUUUUGCGGACCAGACAGCAGACAGUCUGUGUGGUGGUCCACACUAAUGCCUGACCAUUGGGUGCCUACGAUUGCAUAUGGCGCAAGACCCAAGAGGGGAUGGUACGGAGUCUUCAGACCAAUGCCUGCACAGAUCCUUAUGUGGACCAGGGGAAGAGGUUGGUUCAAAUGGAUGCAUGUGGACUAUAAAUGUGCACGAGAAGCAGUUGGUCCAAAUGGACACACGGACAGGUCAUCAUAUCACAUGCAUCAGAGAGGUUGGUUUGAACUUUGACCACAUGCAUGUGGGCCUUAAUAUGGGCCAGGAGAGGUCGGCCAAAACGGAUGAAUGUGUGGGUCAUCGUGUGGUCCAGAGAGGCUGGUUCAAAUGGAAGAACGUGGACCAGAAGUGGUCUGGUCUAAAUGGAUGCGUGCACAGGUCAUCAUGUGGACCAGAGAGGUGGGGUGGUGUGCUGUCCGAGGAUGCCCACUUCUGAAGAGGAUGGAUGGUAAAAGCUAUCUCCAAUACGUCUGAACUUAGUCACGCGAGUGCGAGUAUACACCCUUCAUGAACUACCUUUGCGCUUUUGCAUGGAGGUCAGAUUGCUCAGAGAAGAAUUCAGUCGAAAAAGUCCCGAUGUGAGUUUUGCUUCAGAAGUCAGACCAAGCAGCAGCAGAUGCAAUGUGCCUCAAGUGUGGAUGGGAGGCCAUGUCUCUGGACCAUUAAGUAUCACUCGCCAUUGGAACCUGUAAACUACCUGGACUGGUGGCGACAGUGCACGAAAUGAACAUGAUGGUGAAUUGUUUGAUUCUAUUCUUGGUAUGCUUCGCGUUGGGUAGCAUCAUAUGCUUCGCGUUGGGUAGCAUCAUAUGCUUCGCGUUGGGUAGCAUCAUCACAGGGUUGUUCUUUUAGGUACAUGGCGAUAAGCACGUCUGGGAUAAGUGGGUACGGGACAUGGCUGCCUAUGUUAUGCGGCCAUUCACGGCCUUGUGACAGCUGGUGCGCUUGCGGUUGUCACCCUUGUUGACUUGCAAACGCAAUGCUCAUGAUGAUAGUAGUGGACAGGUUUGCCAGAAGGAGGGGGUAGAUUGGACUGUAAUCCAGGAUAGAUAGGGUACAAUGAAGAAGGGGACAGGGUAUUGUACGCAGUAGAUUGGGAAGGGGGUAGCAUAGCACCACAUUUGGUAUGGAUAGUAGGAAUCAACAAGUGUGAAAGCGGGGGUGUGGAUGAGAAGUCACUGGUUGUGCGUCUCAUGUUGAGUCUUGGUCUCAUUUCUGUGGGUGAGUGUUUGAAAAACUGUUAAGCAACUUCGGCCAUAUCAAUUAAAGCUGCCGAGGGUUUAUUUUGCCACUGUCGUAUUACGCACAAAACACAGGCAUGGUAAGAGGACAGUGGGCAUAUGCUUGCUCAUGAGAAGUUAUUGCUCGCACAGC